AUGUCUGAUAUUAGUAAUCAAAUGAACAAUUUAAGCGUUCAAGAUAAUCAAAAGAGUCAAUAUGUUCCACCUCAUUUAAGAAGUAGACAAGGUAAUUCAGCCUCAUCUUCAGGUGGAUUUGGCGACAAUCAAGAUAAUUACAACAAUGGUGGCUACAACAACCAAAGAGGUGGCUAUAGAAACAAUCGUGGUGGAUCAGGCUACGGUGGUUCUGGUGGCUACGGUGGUUCUGGUGGCUACGGUGGUAGCGGUGGCUACAACAACAAUCCAAGAGGAGGAUUUGGUGGUUCUAGACGUGGUGGUGGAGGAUUUGGAGGUUCUGAUAGAAGAGUCCCAGUAGGUGUUGGUAGAUGGGUUGAUGGCAAACAUGAACCAGCUCCACGUAAUUCUCGUGUUGAAUUGGAAUUAUUUGGUGCACCUGAAGAAGCUGCUCAAUCUUCUGGUAUUAAUUUUGAUAAUUAUGAUGAUAUUCCAGUUGAAGUUAGUGGUGAAGGUGUUCCUGAACCUAUUAAUGCUUUCACUGCUCCUCCAUUAGAUCCAUUAUUAGUUGAAACUAUUGCGUUAACUAGAUUCACCAGACCUACUCCAGUUCAGAAAUACUCCGUUCCAAUUGUUGCUGGUGGUAGAGAUUUAAUGGCUUGUGCUCAAACUGGUUCAGGUAAGACUGGUGGGUUUUUAUUCCCAGUUUUAUCCGAAACUUAUGCCAAUGGUCCUGCACCAAUCCCAGAAACUACUGGUGCUUUUUCAUCAUAUAAGAAAUAUCCAACUAUUUUAGUUAUGGCUCCAACUAGAGAAUUGGUUUCACAAAUUUAUGAUGAAGCCAAGAAAUUCGCUUAUAGAUCUUGGGUUCGUCCUUGUGUUGUAUAUGGUGGUGCUGAUAUUGGUGGACAAAUUAGAAACUUGGAUAAAGGUUGUGAUUUAUUAGUUGCCACUCCAGGUCGUCUUAAGGAUUUAUUAGAAAGAGGUAGAAUUUCAUUAGCCAAUAUUAAAUAUUUGGUUUUAGAUGAAGCCGAUAGAAUGUUAGAUAUGGGUUUCGAACCACAAAUUAGACAUAUUGUUCAAGAAUGUGAUAUGCCAGAUGUUAAUGAAAGACAAACUUUGAUGUUUUCUGCUACUUUCCCAAGAGAUAUUCAAAUGUUGGCACGUGAUUUCUUGAAGGAUUAUAUUUUCCUUUCUGUUGGUAGAGUUGGUUCUACUUCAGAAAAUAUUACCCAAAAGAUUUUAUACGUUGAAGAUGAUGAAAAGAAAUCAGUUAUUUUAGAUUUAUUAUCUGCUGAUGACGCUGGAUUAACCAUUGUUUUCACCGAAACUAAGAGAAUGGCUGAUAAUUUAGCUGAUUACUUGUAUGAUCAAGGAUUCCCAGCUACUGCUAUUCAUGGUGAUAGAUCCCAAUAUGAAAGAGAAAAAGCAUUAGCUGCAUUCAAAAAUGGUGUUGCUCCAAUCUUGGUUGCCACUGCUGUUGCUGCUAGAGGUUUGGAUAUUCCAAAUGUUGCCCAUGUUAUUAAUUAUGAUUUACCUAGUGAUAUUGAUGAUUAUGUUCAUAGAAUCGGUCGUACUGGUCGUGCCGGUAACGUUGGUAUUGCCACUGCAUUCUUCAAUAGAAAUAAUAAGAAUAUCGUCAAGGGUUUGAUUGAUUUAUUAGCUGAAGCCAAUCAAGAAGUUCCAGAUUUCUUAACCAAGAUUUCUAGAGAAGGUUCUGGUGGGUUUGGAAGUAGUCGUGGUGGUCGUGGUGGCCGUGGUGGUCGUGGUCCAUCAAGAGAUUUCAGAAGAGGUAGUUCUUCAGGUUGGGGCAAUUCCUCGUCAUCUGGUGGUUGGGGUAACUCGUCAUCAUCUGGUGGAGGUUAUUCAUCCCACACUGGUGGCGCUGGUGCUGGUGGUUACAACAGUAGUAACAGUUCCAACAGUCGUCCAAGUAAUGACUUCAGCUCCGGUUACGGUAAUCCAACUGCUAACUCUUGGUGGUAA